CACUCUCAAGUCAAUUAAGUUCUAUUCUUCACCAUCACUUUUAUCUGAUUUGUGACUAUGUAACAUUCAUUCAUUCAAGACAGCAUGUAAAGUAUACAAUGAAUACGGCCGAGUCAAGUACGGAUUUUACGCGUGCUCUUCUUCGGACUUCCGAUUUGACUAACUUCUCGGUGUCUUUAUCUUGGCUUAUUUCCGUUCGCUACAACGAUUGCUGCAGUUCAAUGUCAAUCAUACUUAAUAGCUGAUCGAGUCAUAAUAUGAAGAUAUAUAAGAGCAAGAUGAUGCCUGUUCAGAUGUGUACGAGUUGUUCCCUAAAAGGCAAAUAUAGCGUAUUAGCAUCCUUUUAAGAUGGAAGUAUCGAUCCGACCGGCAACAUCCUCAGUGAUACUUUAUCCUGAAGCAGUACAAGAAUGCGGAAGUCGAUUAAGAGGGUAUGUUGAAUUUGUAGUCAAGAAGUCUUGCGAGGUGAUAGACCUUCGAUUUCGGAUAUUGGGACGGAAACAGAUAGCAAAGGAUGCAAUCAAAGCACUCGCAUGUGAGAAUGAUCAUGCAUCCAAACAAUUCCCUCAAACAAUCUUUUUGCAAGAUGUCAAAUUAUUAGACAUACAUAAUGGUCAAAACAUCAACCUUGCGGACAUAAAAACACUCACAAAAGGAACGCACAUCUUUGCUUUUGAUAGCAAACUCCCUAGUUCAUUACCCGGAACGCAUGAUCAUCCUCUCUCAAAAGUGGAAUAUGAAUUAAUCCUUCAUUUAAGAGGAAGGCCAAAAGGCAAUUUCUUAAAGCUUCCAUUCAUGUUCACCAAGUCCAUUCCGCUAAUUAUCAAAGUACACCCAUCUACGGCAGGAGAUAAAGGCCUUAACAAUUUUCAUCGCUUGCUCAAUAGCCAGUGUAAUGAUGACAACAUCAAACUUCUCGUUCAUUCGAAUAAUUCUAGAUAUGGAGGAUGUAUAGACCUUUCAAUCCUUCACCGUGUCCAAGGAGAGAAGCUCACCAUAAGCGAUUUAAAUAUCGAGCUUCGACAAAUUGCAUCGUUUCGGGGAAAAGAACUGAGUGACAUGGAAAAGAAAUGCUUGAUAGGAGAUACAUCAUCAAUACGAUCCGAGAGAAUCAGUCUAGAAAAAAUUAUUCUUGAUGAUCAACAUAGCGUAAUGUCUAGUUCCUCCACCUGCAAAUCAGCCAGUCAUGAAGGGGCGAAUGAAGAACUCAUGAAACGGACCGAGAUCAAAGCUUGGUUUCCAGAGACAAGACAGUGCAUCGACAGUGCCAGUCCAUCCAAAAAGAAAGAUCCUUUGACUGAAUGGCACUGUUCAACACCAUUCGGUACCGAUGAUGAAACACGAUUUUCACAUUCAAUGAAAGCUUUUGUCACCUUCAGAAAUACCGAAGGGCAAGAAAGACAACUCGUUUUCGACUCGCCUUUAAUGCUGGUCGACCAAGAUUUCUGCACGGCUGCUUUGCAAUUGCCUGAUUAUGCAACUGCUAUCGGUUGUCGAAAGGCACCUACUUGCAUACCAUAAAUCAUACCAACCAAUACUUUGUAAUCAUAAUAUUCCACUAAAUGUACAUGUAUGAUGAUGAUCAAGAACGUGCCCUGCGUGCUUGGAUACGAUCGUCGUCAAACGGAUCAU